AUGGACGAACGGAUCAGCUUCGACGGCCCUGCCGCACCAACGCCCACGCCACCUUCGCCAACAACGACCAGCGCGGUCAACAAGUUCCAGAAUGCCAUAUCGCAAUGGAGGAGUCUCGACUUCACGACCCUGGUCUCGAACCUCGACAACACCGCAUCGGAGAUCGUCGCUUUCCAGCGGGACUCUACCGUUCAGCGCAAAGAUCUCGCGCAAAAAACCAAAGAUUUCAGGAAGCUAGACGAUGCGAGCAAGCUUUCUGAAAUCAAGGGACUGCUCAAGGCCUACCAAACCUUUAUUGACCUCAUCACCACCAAUUCGAAAUCCGUGAACUCGACGUUCCUACACACAUACACCACACUGUCCGAUGCGCCAGACCCCUACCCGCUGCUUGAGGCCUCUGUCGACUCCAUGCUAGUCGCGGAAGACACACUCCCGAAGCUCACACAGGAGAACCAACACUUGCAAGAAAACGUAGCGCGGCUGACAAACCAGCUCGACGAUACGGAAUCCCGCCUCCAGUCCGAACGCGAUACGAGGAAGCACCUGGAAGAGAACCUCGAGAACAAGGUCAAGGAGGUUGAGGCGUCGUGGACCGCUGUGGUCGAGGAGAAGAAGGAUAACUGGGAGGCCAAGGAGAAAGCGCUGGAGGAGAAGAUUGAGAACCAGGACCGCUUGAUCAAUGAGAUCAAGGCCAGCUACGAAGUCAACCAGCGCCUGGGGAAAUCCGACGAUGCCGAGGAGGGGCGGGGCCAUGUCACGAGCGCGGAGCUCGAGAUGGUCAACUCGGACUUGGAGCGGACGAGCGCCCGGCUUGCCGAAGUGGAAGCACGCAACGAACAGCUGCGCUUGAAAUUGGCCCAGGCCAAGUCGCAGGUGCCGACCCAGUCUUCGCCGAACUUGGAGGACGAGCCGGGGUAUAUGCGGGUGAGGUCGGAGAACUCGUCUCUGAUUCGGAAGCUUGAUGCUGCGAGGGUUGAGAAGGAGAGCCUGAAGAGGGGGCUGGACACCAAGCUCCGCGGGCUCGAGCGGGAGGCCGGGUUGCUCAAGGACGAGAGAGAUAGCCUCAAGGCGAAGGUGCAGAAAUGGGCCGACUAUGACGAGGUGAAGCAGGAGCUAGAGGUUUUGAAGAGCGUCGAGUUUGCGACAGGCGACGAUGACGAUUUGCGCGACGAUGCCGUGGAUGAGAAGGAGACAUCAGGGAAAGGGAACACGCUCGAGCAGUUGCUGCUGGCCCGGAACAAGAAACUAGGGGACGAACUCACCAUCCUGCGGGUAUCCCACCAAGAUUUGCAGAGCAGGUUGCAAAAUUUGCAAGAGGAACUAUCGCGGACAAAUUCCGAACUCGAGAAGUCUCAGAGACUCAACGAAAAGCUCGAAAACGAACUCUCUUCGGUCCACGACGAGACGGCUAAUAUGUUCCCUAGCGGGGCGUCCGUGGCAGGGACCUACGUGAGCCGCUUCGCUGGGUCAGGGCGCAAGGGCGGCCGGACGUCCCCGACAUCGUCCAUCAUCAGCGGCUUCAGCCCCCGCGAAACGGAUGACCGGCCACCCAUGGGCGGGGGCUCCGGCAUCCUGCCCAUGGUAACAGCGCAGCGAGACCGCUUCAAGCAACGCAACUCGCAACUCGAGCAAGAACUCUCCGAGACACACCGUACUGUCUCGCAGCUUCGGCAAGAAAUUGCCGCUCUGCAGCGUGACAACCUCAACCUCUACGAAAAGACGCGCUACGUGUCCACCUACAACCGGUCCGCCGGCGGGCCCUCAGCCACCACCUCCUCGUCCUCCGCCUUCGCAUCCACCAACCCCAACCCGUCCUCGGUCAACAUGCACCCCCACCAUGGCCCCCUCAGCCCGGGCGCCUCCUCCUCCAACCCUCCACCCAUCGGCCUCGACCGGUACCGCAAAGCCUACGAGUCCAACCUCUCCCCCUUCGCCCAGUUCCGCGGCCGCGAGUCCGCCCGCGCCUACCAACGCAUGAGCCUACCCGAGCGCAUCGUCUACUCAGUCGCGCGCCUGGUCCUGGCCUCACGCACCAGCCGCAACUUGUUUGCGCUGUACUGUCUGGCGCUGCACGUGCUCGUGUUUUGCUCCCUGUUCGUGAUGGGCCCCAGCGCGGCGGACCACCAUGCCUUGGCGGGGACGGCAGCGGCCGCCGGCGCUCCGGGGGGUGCCGCGGCGGCUAUGGAAGCACAUGCCCCGGUGCUGGAAUAG